AUGGGAAUACAGCAAACAAAAUUAAUUCCAUACAAUUGCCAAUUGACAUACGACGAAGCCCGUGAAAAAAUAAUCAAUGGAUCUCUAAGCGCAAAUACAAUACCGGUAGAAAAAUAUUUGAAAGGCGUUGACACUUAUCUACAGUACGCUAUUAAAAAAAAUGACGAAAAAUUUGUGGACUAUCUUCUGAGAAAUUCUGUUGACAUAAACUUCAAUUCAAAAAAUUGUCACCCCGCAAUUUAUUUAGCUGUAGAGAAAAACGACAAAAAAUUGGUGAAAAAAUUGCUUGACGCCAAUGCUGAUAUUAAUUUGCAAUCACAAUAUGAAGGACCGUUUCCAGUCUGUGAACAAUUUACACCGCUACAAUUAGCAGUUAAAUUGAAUCACUAUGAAAUUAUUGAGUUGCUAAUUAGUUACGGGGCUGAUAUUAAUGCUUGUUGUUCAAUUAUAGAAGAGUAUCAAUACAUGGGACAUCCAUCUUUUGUCAUUUACAGAAAUGCUAUUCUUCCCAAUACAAUGCAUCACUUUACGCCAUUGCAUAUUGCCGUAAACAAUGAGGAUGAAGAAAUAGUAGAUCUUCUGAUAGAAAACAAAGCUGAUGUAAAUAAUAGUCCAAAGUAUAACUUUGUCUCUUGUCUUCAUGCAACAUCUAAAACACCGCUUGGAAUUGCAAUAAAGAAGAAAAAUUUAACUCUGGUUAAAAAAUUAAUCACAGCGGGCGCUGAUGUUAAUAUAUCUUCAUGGAAUGAUUAUUGGACGCCAUUACAUCUCGCUGCUGAAUUGGAUGCAAGUGAAAUAGCAUUACUUUUGAUAAAUAAUGGUGCUAAUGUUAACGCUGUUUCUAAUAUUUCAUUGGGAUAUUGCACGACUACGCCAUUGCGUAUAGCCAUAAAAAAUAACCAUUUAGAAAUGGUUAAACUUUUAGUUAAAAAUGGUGCUCUUGUUAAUUUUCAAGUCAAUGAUUUUCUACCUCCGAUAUUGUGUAGCAUCUUCACUUUUGUCAGAUCUAGAGAAAUGAUUGACUAUCUUCUAGAGUCGGGUGCUGAUAUGAAUUUUGACUGGCGAUCAGAGAAAUCAACAUUUCUUCAUUACGUUGCUUCAAUGAAUGAUGGUGAUUUAAUGCCAUUUCUGUUAACACACAAAUACGUGAUUGAUAUCAAUACUGUAACAUCAAAAAAAGAAUCUGUGCUUCAUAAAGCUGUCCAAUGUAUUUACGAAUCUAAUUCAAUCCAUUUACUGAAUGCCGGUAUUGAUAUCAAUUUAGUAGACAUUAAUGGCAAUACAGCUCAUGAUAUUGCUUAUGAAAGUGAUCAGUAUUCUUAUAAAUCUAUUAUUGAAAGACAUGUUGUGAAAUUAACUGCUGCGGGUAUUUAUGUCAGUGAUAAAAAUUUACAAACUGUUGAAGGUGCUAAGUAUGAUAACUUGCGUGAAGAGUGUCUUGAUAUUGUCGCAUUGAUGAAGAAAACUAAAAUUGUGGGGUCUGAUGUUACUUAUUACCAAUUAUUAUAUUCUCAUAGAAAUAAAUUAGCUAGAAUUUUGAAGUAUCUAGAUGUUGAUCACCAUGAAUUCUUCUUUUAUGCGAAUUAUUUUUCAAAGUUUACGCGGUACAGUGAAAUCCUGUGGUAUCGUAAAAUAAUGAUCAAGCAACGAAUACUCUUAUUGAAAGAAGCUGAGAAAUUUUUAGAUGAAGUCAUGAGUGACGUUGGUCUUCCUGAUACUCUUUUGAGAAAUAUUACAGAUUAUUUAAGUAAUAGGGAAUUAUACAUAUUAGGUAGAAGAUGAUAUACUUUUUUCAACAUUAAUCAAAAUGAUAUUGUUAUAUACCUUGCCGUGAUAUUGUAAGAGAUUGUUUGAGUAAUAUAAUAGAUUCAAAUUGAUAAAGUCUUUCUUAUCUGCUUUAUACUUGUAAUUUUUCAUAGGUUUACUAUUGAUUCAUGUUAUAAAU